UAAAAGGUCACAUAGUCUAUGAAACCAAACAUUAGACACGUGAACGGCAGAACAUGGCUAGAGGCAUUUAAAAACAGAGAGAGCGUGUUGAGUAAAGCAGAUGUAGGCUACUUUGAGACCGUCACAGUGACUAAAAGGAGCGCUCUGGAACAGGAUCUGAAAAUUGUUGUUCAGGGAAAGAUGAGAUUGACAGUUGUGCUCAUUAUCCUGUCAAGCAGUCUGCAACUAUAUCAAGAAGUUAUAGCAGUAGCAGUCAAGGCCAACCCGUAUGGAAUCAAUAUACCUUACCCAUAUGGAGCUAAAGACCCGCUUGAAAGUCCCCCAAUAUCACGUGAUUUAUCAAUGGGAGACACAAUGCUCACACCGGGACAACUGGAGUCAUGGAGAAAGGGCCUGGAUAUGAGUGGAAUAACUAAAGGCUCUGAGAGGCGUAUUUAUUACUGGCCAAAAGCUGUCAUUCCGUAUCACAUAGACUGCAGUUUGAAAAACAUGCCCCGGGCUUUGGCAGUAAUAGAUGCAGCGAUACUGGAAUGGCAGGCGGCCACCUGCAUUAGGUUUAUUCAAAGGACAACGGAGAAGGAUUACCUUGUUUUUCUUCGAGACAACAGCUGCUGGGCAAGUCAAGGACGAGUUGAUGGGCCUAGUCUAAUAUCAGUUGGCCAUGGCUGCGAGUACCGAAACGUAAUAUCCCACCUUAUUGGUCACGUGGUCGGACUCUGGCAUCCCCAGAACCGGAUCGAUAGAAAUGAUUAUGUAAGGAUAUUCUGGCAAAAUAUUGAUGCAGUUGAGCGUUCCUCGUUCAGGACCGUAGAUGACACAGACGGAUCUUCCGGUCCAUAUGACUAUUCUUCUAUAAUGCAUUAUCCAUGGGAUGCGUUCACAAAUAGCGGCCGCCGGACCAUGCUCGCCUUGCAACUUGUGAAAGGGAUGCCUUACAAGAAGAUAAGUUCCCUUGAUGCUUUACAAGUCAGUGUCCUUUACAAUUGUCAACCCCCAAAGUUUGCUAAAGCAAAGAUAAAAAAAGCACGAAAUAUUCCUGCCUCUCGUGAUCACCUUAAAGGUUGUGUGGACAGAAACAGCCGAUGUCCAGAGUGGGCUGCAGCUGGUUAUUGUGGGAGAGACAGAUUUGUAGACGAAAACUGUAAAACGUCGUGUAAUAUGGGAUGCGGUGAAAAAGUUGACGAUAACUGCAAGGACCAAUAUCAAAGUUGUCCAAUUUGGGCUCGGAUGGGCUAUUGCUCCAGAAAACGGCUAGCGGUCGGUUGCAAAAGAAGCUGUGGAGGCUGUAAGAGAAAAAAGGAGAAGAUAAAGAGAUGCCGUGACAUGGGAAAAGUUUGCGAAAUACGAGCUCGCAAUGGUCAUUGCUCGAUUCCUUGGAUUAAAAUCAAAUGCCAGCAAAGUUGCGAUCCAAGAUGUGCAAAGCGUAAUUCACCACCUCCAGCAAAGAAACGGAAAGAAUGCACUGACAAGUACAUGUUUUGCAAAAGAUGGAGUGCUUUAGGCUACUGCAAAAAGCACAAACGACUGUCAGUGAUUUGCAAGGCGAGUUGCACUGAAGAAUGCAAGAAGAUAAAAACCACACCAAGACCAACAACAUUACCACCAUAUGCUAAGAAACUCGAUUCUUUGUCUGUCCUGACUUUAAGAGCCUCAUUUCCAACUGAUACAGGCCGAGGUUGGGAAUUCGGAAAAGGAAUACUGUGUUUCAAUCGAAACUCGUACUGCAAUUCUUUGCCACUAAAAAAGUGUGAAACAGAUAAAUGGAUGCAAGAAAAUUGUGCAAAAACAUGCAAGUUAAAAGAAUGCGAUGAUGUUAUAUAUAAACCAGCAGAAAAAUGCGCAUAUCCCCUUGGUGUAUCGUACGGUGGAAUUAAGGGAAGGUUACCUGAUUCAGCCUUCAGUGCAUCUUCGCAUUUUAACUACAAUAUGUGGAAGGCAGCUCCUGAAAAUGGUCGAUUGUAUCUAACUGACGACCCCAAGUCAAAGAAAAUUGGUGCAUGGUGUGCUGCAGGUAGUGGCAAAGGAAGCUGGCUGCAAGUAGACCUUGGGAAGAACAGGACAAUUGGCUACAUUGCCACACAAGGGCGUGACAAGUACUACGAAAAAGUCCGAGAAUACAAAAUUGCAGUAAGCUUUGACGGGAAGAAUUUCCAGGACUACAAGGAAGAUGGAAAAGUCAGAGUUUUUGAUGGAAACUGCGACCACUUCACGCCAGUCAUGAAUAGAUUUCGAAGUCCAAUACUCACAAGGUUUGUGAGAAUAUAUCCAACGAAAUUCAACUUUGCCUGCCUAAGGAUGGAAUUAUACGGCUGCUGAUGUGGAGAGUGAAAGAAUACACUUGUAAAUAAAUGUGAAUUUAGCUCACUUCAUAACUACAAUGAAAAACUCGAAUGCAUAGAACAAAUAGUUUAAGCAAACACAGGCACAGGCGAUAGGCCUUCCCAACAUGCCAACUUCUUCCAUGUGCCAAACAUCAUUUUCUCUUCAGUUUGCUUCACUGACAGGUGCAUCCCAAGACCGAUGACAAGAAGCAGAAGAUGCAGCAACUCGCUGCCAUCAAUAUUUGUAUUAGUUUCCGCUGAGUCUGGGCAUAGAAUGAUUUGUUCGAAGUAUGUAAAGUAAACAUGGAAGUAAGGAGAAUAGGAGAUAGUGGUAGUUCUGUCGUAAGCGUAAACAUGUUUCGUAAAAUCUUGAAAUCCAGUUUAUUUUCAAUACUGUUGUUUUAAAAUCAUAGUAUGCAAUGAAUGUAACAGCGCAUUUUGCAAGGGGUGGCCUUUAAAGGGAUCUAUCGACAAGAGUUCAAUAGUAUUUUGUAAAGUCUGCAUCUCAGAGAGAGGCCAUUUAAUAAUAAAAA